UCGUGUCCACAUUGAAAACAGUCUCACACACACACACAGACACAGGUGAACGCUCCAGACACUACAGCAACACAUUCUCUCUACAGGAGUAAUGGAGACAGCAGGAGUUUGUGAGAUUGACGUGGCCACCAGAAGAAUAGUGGGAGGCAUCGAUUCUCCACCAGACCUGGAUAGUCCAAGUCAGGAGGAGGUUGCAGAGUUUGGUUUGGGGUUGUGCUGUGCUAAAGAGGAGAGGGGGGAGACUCCUGGCAGAGAAGACAGCCCCAGCGACCUUGGGGAGGCAGAGCUUGACCCUGGAGGAGACCCCAAGACUGGAGAGGACCCGGCCUUUGGGAAGGAGGUCGUUCUUUUGAUGCAGGCCCUGAACUCGCUGGCCACUCCUGAGGAGAAACUGGCCGCUUUGUGCAAGAAAUAUGCAGACCUGCUGGAGGAGAGCCGCUGCAUGCAGAAGCGUCUGAAAGCCCUGCAGAAGAAGCAGUCUCAGAUCGUAAAGGAGAAGGUCCACCUGCAGGGGGAGCACAGCAAGGCCAUUCUAGCCCGUAGCAAGCUGGAGAGCCUCUGUAGGGAGCUACAGAGACACAACAAGACCCUGAAGGACGAAAACGCCCAGCGGUCCAGGGAGUACGAGGAGCAGCGGAAGGAGGCCAUGCUGCACUUCCAGAUGACCUUGAGUGAUAUCGAGGUGCAGAUGGAACAGCACAGCUCCCACAACACCAAGCUGAGGCAGGAGAACAUGGAGCUGGCCGAGAAGCUCAAAAAGCUCAUCGAGCAGUACGAGCUGAGAGAGGAGCAUAUAGAUAAAGUGUUCAAGCACAAGGAGCUGCAGCAGCAACUGAUGGAUGCCAAGCUGCAGAGAAUCACGGAGAUGAUGAGGGAAGUGGAGGAGAAGCAGCAGAGAGAGAGGGACUUUCUGCUGAAGGACGCUACGGAGUCAAGACACAAGUGUGAGCUGAUGAAGGAGCAAGAAACACAGCUCAAACAACAGCUCUCAAUGUACAUGGACAAGUUUGAGGAGUUUCAGAGCACCCUGGCAAAAAGCAACGAGGUCUUCACCACUUUUAGACAAGAGAUGGAGAAGAUGACCAAGAAGAUUAAGAAGCUGGAGAAGGAAACGACACAGUGGAGGACAAAAUGGGAGAGCAACAACCAGGCUCUGCUGCAGAUGGCCGAGGAGAAAACCCUGCGUGACGGCCACUUCAAGGCGCUGCAGGGGAAGCUGGAGCUGCUGGAGCGGCUGUGCAGAGCACUGCAGAAGGAGAGGAACGACCUCAACAACCGGCUCAGCCUCCUCCAGGAGCAAGGAGACAAAGGGACCACAGCGGCUCCUGAAGCCCAGCCAGGAGAGCCUUCAGCAGGGGAGGAAGAGGAGGACGUGGAGGAGGAGGAGGAGGAUGAAGAAGAGGAGGAGAUCGUGGCACAGGAGGAAGGGCUGGAGACAGAGAGCAUCCACCAAUCUCCCAGACCACCCGAAGAGGAUCCGACAUCGGCUGCUUCUGAUGAAACCACUACUGCUACGACCACAACAACGACCAGCCCACCAGCAGAAACACCACCCACACAGCAGGACUGAAAGAGUCUGUGUGUGAGGGCCCCACACACCUCCAGCCUAGUUAUAAAAAUAAACAGAAAAAUGAUCUGUGAUGGAGGUAGAGAUUUCUUUUCUUUUUUUAAUUUGAGACCUGUCUCUCCAGGUCUUCACACUUAACCUGAACCCUUAUCUUUUCGUGUGAUAGCUAAAGAAGAAUGUAUCAAGAAUUCUGUUCUGUAACUUUUCCCAAAUUGGUUACAGUGGUAAUGAUUGGCUUCACGGCGAGCACUUUCACUUCGUUUUCUACCAUAACUGUAUAUUCCAUGCAGUCAAAUUAGCCUUUCAUUUUCUCUCUUCACACGGUCUGUCCCCGUAGUGUCACGUCUCAUUGGAACUUCUAGUCAGGUUAAAAUCACAAACAUAUCAUCACAGAUCACUUUUGAUUCGUGUAGCCCUACAGUCAGAAUGUGAUUGAAUAAGCUGGAGUGUGAAAAAGUCUGGACACAGAUUGCUUUUAUUUGUACUUCAUCAUGUUUCUCAUGUCUUGAUAAAAGCAGAAGGAGUCGCAGUAAAACUUGAUCCACACGCCCCAUGAAGAAGUCGGUCUGAAACUCGUAACUGCCAAGUUUGUUGUGGGACAGUUGGGGAGGUACUGAGGGCUAAUCAUACCAAGUAGCUGGGAGCACGCUAACAUUAGCGAACCUCUACGGCGCACCAAGCUGGCUGGCUCUAAUUUUAGCAUGUUUGAAAGCUAGCUAGAAGAACUGUGACUUCAUCUGAUGCCGUUACUAAUAUUGUGUUUGAAUUCCAAGUUUUUCAGCGCAGUGCCCCGGCAGGUUGUGAUGUUUAAACCCGAACUCAAUCAUGAGUUUAGCAACUAAGAAGUGGUUAACAUUAGCAGUCCUCCUUUUAUGAAUCAAUGUGAUCCAUGAGUCAUUUCUAAAUGAAACUCUGGGAUUUGUUGUAUUAAAAAAAAAAAACUCACUUUACGUUACCAUGGAGAAUGACCUAAUAAUGUAAAGAGAUGAAAGCUCUUUGAAUGUGCUCCACUUUGUUUAAAUCUUCAUCUCACCAUCAGCUUUGUCUUUUUCUGAAGCGAGUCGUUUAGUUUCUGUACGAAAUGGUUUUCCACAGAAAGGUCGAGGCAGGAAGAACCUUCAUCCACUGGCAACCUUUUGCCUUUUUUGACUUUUUUGAGUCAUGUUUGAAAAUUGAUGACAUGAGAAUACCAGGCCCGAGCAUCUAGAAACAUAUCCGUGAUCUCCAUCUUACAGGAGCUGCAGUUAUUGUUCAUGAGGAAGUCCCUCAGCGUGUGUACAGAACUGAUAAAGUCAAUACAGGAAAUAACCCAGGUUUGGAUCUUGUUUCACAUUGUGAUGCUCUUCUACUAGCUAAAGUUAAAGUCGAGCACUUCUCUUCUGCAUAUCCACUUUUCAUUUUGGGGCACCUUUUUUUUCCCAGAUCUUUAACUUGCUUCAACCAUUCCCCGAGCAACAGCUCCAACUGCAGCUUCUGUUCUGCAAGAGUUCAUAUAUCGUGAUUACAGCACUUAAUUUAGAAAUCCUAAAAUGAGUUGCUGCUGAAGCAUCCUUAUUGAGAAUCUUACGUUUUUAUUUUUGGAUAUAAAACAUGAGACUGAUGUAAGACCAGCAUUUUGCUUUCCUUUUCACUCCUGAGUUCGUACAUCAACCCAUAAAGUGAACAUUCUCGUAGAACUAUUUAACCUUCCCGCUCACCAGCUUCUUGCUGUUCUUUCUAAAUGCAGUUUAUUGUUAAGUCUGUGAGAAUCAUAGAAGUAAUGUUGACAAAUGUUUUUUUUUUUCUAUGUAAACUCUGGCUGCCUGGCUGAGAGCCCAUCCACCACUUGGUUGUUCUCUGUUGCUGCUUUAGCGGUCUGAUUGAUUUGAUCUAUUCUUAAAACUUCUCAUGCAGUAUGUCCACAUCUUUAGGAGUUUAAAAACAAAACUGAUGUGAACAUGUACAGGUUCAAGUGGGGCAUGAUUUUCUUUGAGGAGAGGACAGGUCACGAGCCCAGGGAAGACUUCUUAGCAUCUAUUCCUCUUUCUUUGGCGUUGCCCCAGAUUGACUCUCAGGUAAUGUCAGAAUCUACCUCUGCAGGAGAGACUAACUGUGAAAGAAGAGGCACGAGUCACCAUAGCUUUGGAGAGCUUUAUUUUUACUAAAAAAAAAAA